GGGUUUUUGCCUGUAACAUUUCGUCGCAUCACCACCCCCUACUACCUUCUCUGGACACUGCUCUGGAACACUUCGAAAACCCUAUGAAAUUGGUAAAGAAAAUCGUCGUCGAUCUCCGAUCAAGCUAAAUUCAGUCAUCGGAGAACGCUAUUCGCCAAUAGUCUUCGAAUUUUUGUGUAAAUAAAUCAAUCAAGGUGGGCAAUUGUUUGCCCACCCUAGAAACUUCCCCCUUCUUCGCAAGGUUGGGGUUAGGGUUUUGGGGUAGUACUGAGACUAUCAGUGAAGAGAUGGCGGCUCCUGCGCAAUCAUACCGCUUUGGCGGUCCGGCCACCACAGCAGCAGCUGCCGGGAACAUCGAAACUCUUAACAGAGUCCUUGCCGACCUUUGUACUAGAGGCGCCCCAAAGGAUGGUUCUGCUUUUGCUUUAAGAAGACAUGUUGAAGAAGAAGCACGUGCUCUUAGUGGCGAAGCCUUUUCUCGUUUCAUGGACCAAUUAUAUGAUCGAAUCACUAGUCUUCUAGAAAGCAAUGACGUUGCUGACAAUUUAGGAGCUUUAAGGGCUACUGAUGAAUUGAUAGACUUGAGACUUGGGGAAAGUGGGACAAAAGUUUCCAAGUUUUCUAAUUACAUGCGUAUUGUAUUCGAUACAAAGCGGGACCCAGAAAUUUUAAUCCUUGCUAGUAAAGUUCUUGGCCAUUUAGCCAGAGCUGGUGGAGCCAUGACUGCAGAUGAGGUGGAAUGCCAGGUUAAAAAUGCCUUAAAAUGGCUUGGUGGUGAUAGAGUUGAGUAUCGCCGCUUUGCUGCUGUCCUAAUCUUAAAGGAAAUGGCUGAGAAUGCUUCUACAGUUUUCAAUGUUCAUGUGCCUGAAUUUGUGGAUGCUAUUUGGGUGGCAUUGAGGGAUCCAACAUUAGCUGUUAGGGAAAGGGCAGUUGAGGCAUUGCGUGCUUGCCUUCGUGUUAUUGAAAAACGAGAGACACGUUGGCGUGUGCAGUGGUAUUAUCGUAUGUUUGAGGCAACACAAGAUGGAUUAGGGAAGAAUGCUUCUGUACAUAGUAUACAUGGUUCUCUUCUUGCAGUUGGUGAACUCUUGAGAAAUACAGGUGAAUUCAUGAUGUCAAGAUACAGAGAGGUUGCAGAAAUUGUUCUUAGAUAUCUAGAACAUAGGAAUCCCCUUGUUCGUCUCAGUAUAACUUCUUUGCUUCCCCGGAUUGCACAUUUUCUACGUGAUCGAUUCGUGACAAAUUAUCUUACAAUAUGCAUGAAUCAUAUUCUUGCUGUUCUGAAGAUACCAACUGAACGUGCCAGUGGAUUUAUAGCUCUUGGGGAGAUGGCUGGUGCUUUGGAUGGUGAACUAGUCCACUAUUUGCCGACAAUAACAACUCACCUACGUGAAGCAAUUGCCCCUCGUAGAGGAAGACCCUCUCUUGAGGCAUUAGCUUGUGUUGGAAACAUAGCAAAAGCCAUGGGUCCCGCCAUGGAAACUCAUGUCUGCAGUCUUUUGGACGCCAUGUUUUCAGCUGGUCUUUCUUCAGUACUAGUGGAAUCACUUGAGCAGAUUACCAUCAGCAUUCCAUCAUUGCUGCCUACAAUCCAAGAUCGGUUGCUUGAAAGCAUUUCAGUAGUUCUUUCAAAACCCCAAAAUACCCACACAGGGGCAUCUGCAACUCCAAGUAGAGCAAACAUGGCUAACAACAUGCAACAAAUGUCAGAACUUACUGGAUCUGCUUUGGAGCAGCUUGCAUUACAAACACUUGCACGAUUCAAUUUCAUGGGCCAUGAUCUUCUUGAAUUUGCAAGAGAAUCAGUUGUAGUUUAUUUGGAAGAUGAUGAUGGAGCCACAAGGAAAGAUGCUGCUCUUUGCUGCUGUAAAUUAGUUGUAAAUUCUUUCUCAAUUACUACCUUCAGUCCCAGUAGAUCCAGUCGAGCUGGUGGCAAAAGAAGACGUCUUAUAGAAGAGAUUGUGGAAAAGCUUCUUAUUGCAGCUGUAGCAGACGCUGAUGUCACUGUGAGGAACUCAAUCUUCUCAUCCCUCCAUGGAAAUGGAGGAUUUGAUGACUUUCUAGCUCAAGCUGAUAGCUUGACUGCUAUAUUUGCUGCUCUAAAUGAUGAGGAUCUUCAAGUUCGCAAGUAUGCAAUAUCAGUGGCUGGUAGAUUAUCUGAAAAAAACCCUGCAUAUGUUUUUCCAGCACUUCGGCGUCACCUUAUUCAGUUGUUAACAUAUCUUGCACAAAGUGCUGAUAGCAAAUGCCGAGAAGAAAGUGCAAAGCUGUUAGGUUGCUUAAUUCGCAGCUGUGAACGACUUAUACUUCCAUAUAUUGCUCCAAUACACAAGGCGCUUUUGGCUAAACUAUGUGAAGGAACAGCAGGAGUGAAUGCAAACAAUGGCAUCAUUAGUGGUGUUCUUGUAACUGUGGGAGAUCUUGCUAGAGUGGGUGGUUUUGCUAUGAGAGAAUAUAUCCCUGAACUUAUGCCAAGAAUUGUUGAAGCUUUACUGGAUGGAGCUGCUGCUACUAAACGUGAGGUUGCUGUUGCAACUCUUGGUCAGGUUGUACAAAGCACAGGUUAUGUGAUAGCUCCAUAUAAUGAGUACCCACAGUUGCUGGGCUUACUGUUAAAAUUGUUGAAUGGUGAGCUGGCAUGGUCUACUAGGCGGGAAGUUCUUAAGGUUCUUGGAAUAAUGGGUGCUUUGGAUCCUCAUGUUCAUAAGCGCAAUCAACAAAGCUUGCAAGGACCUCUUGGUGAUGGGACCCGUACAACCAAUGAUGCGGGCCCACAUAUCCAGUCUAGUGAUGAGUUGCCAAUGGAUCUUUGGCCAUCAUUUGCAACAUCAGAAGAUUAUUUCUCCACUGUUGCUAUCAAUUCUUUAAUUCGGAUACUUAGAGACCCUUCUCUUUCUAGUUAUCAUCAAAAAGUUGUUGGAUCUCUCAUGUUUAUUUUCAAGUCAAUGGGUCUUGGCUGUGUGCCUUACUUGCCAAAGGUUUUACCAGACUUCUUUCACACUAUUCGUACGUGUGAAGAUACUCUCAAGGAGUUCAUAACUUGGAAGCUUGGAACUCUCGUUUCAAUUGUGCGCCAGCACAUUCGCAAGUAUCUACCCGAGCUGCUUUCUUUAAUAUCAGAAUUAUGGUCAUCAUUCAGUCUCCCAGCAGCUAAUCGUCCUGUUCAUGGACCCCCGAUCCUGCACCUAGUUGAACAACUUUGUCUGGCCCUGAACGAUGAAUUCAGGAGAUAUCUUCCUAUAAUUCUUCCAUGUUGUAUUCAAGUUCUGAGUGAUGCUGAAAGGUGUAAUGAUUACACUUAUGUCCGAACAUUGGAUGAACAUAUGCAUCUACUUCUUCCUGCCCUCAUACGUUUAUUUAAAGUGGAUGCUUCUGUUGACAUAAGGCGUGCUGCUAUAAAAACCUUGAUAAGAUUAAUCCCUCGUGUUCAGGUUACAGGACACAUUUCAACACUCGUGCAUCACCUGAAGCUUGUAUUGGAUGGAAAAAACGAUGAGCUUAGAAAGGAUGCAGUUGAUGCACUUUGUUGUUUGGCACAUGCACUUGGCGAGGACUUUACCAUUUUCAUCCCAUCAAUUCACAAACUUCUCAUAAAGCAUCGCUUGCGGCACAAGGAAUUUGAAGAGAUUGAGGGGCGAUUACAAAGGCGUAGACCUUUAGUUGUUGCCAGUGUAGCAGCACAAAAGUCAAUCCGCCAGCCUCCUGUGGAGGUUAUUAGUGAUCCUUUGAGUGAUAUGGAGAAUGAUCCUUAUGAAGAUGUUCACAAACAACCCAAAGUUCAUCAGGUUAAUGAUGCUCGAUUGCGUGCUGCUGGAGAAGCUUCUCAACGUAGCACUAAAGAAGAUUGGGCAGAAUGGAUGAGACAUUUCAGCAUUGAAUUACUUAAGGAAUCACCUUCUCCAGCUCUAAGAACAUGUGCCAGGCUGGCACAGUUACAGCCAUUUGUUGGACGAGAGCUGUUUGCAGCAGGAUUUGUUAGCUGUUGGUCACAACUUCAUGAGUCUAGUCAAAAAGCCCUUGUUCGCAGUUUAGAGAUGGCAUUUUCUUCCCCUAAUAUACCCCCUGAAAUUCUUGCAACAUUACUUAACUUGGCAGAGUUCAUGGAACAUGAUGAGAAACCCCUUCCCAUUGACAUUCGUCUCCUUGGUGCUCUUGCUGAAAAGUGUCGAGCAUUUGCCAAGGCUUUGCAUUAUAAAGAGAUGGAAUUUGAAGGUGCACUUUCCAAGAAGAUGGAUGCCAACCCUGUUGCUGUAGUUGAAGCACUCAUUCAUAUUAAUAACCAGUUACAUCAGCAUGAGGCUGCAGUUGGGAUAUUGACCUACGCUCAACAGCGUUUGGAUGUACAACUGAAGGAAUCAUGGUAUGAAAAACUGCAACGGUGGGAUGAUGCUCUUAAAGCAUACACUGCAAAAUCUGCUCAAGCAACAAGUCAACAUCUUAUCUUAGAUGCUACACUAGGUCGAAUGAGGAGUCUUGCUGCAUUAGCUCGUUGGGAAGAGCUUAACAAUCUAUGUAGGGAAUAUUGGACACCUGCUGAGCCAGCUGCUCGAUUAGAAAUGGCACCAAUGGCUGCUAAUGCUGCUUGGAACAUGGGGGAGUGGGAUCAGAUGGCUGAGUAUGUAUCUAAACUGGAUGAUGGUGAUGAAACUAAACUCAGGGUGUUAGGGAACACCGCUGCCACAGGUGAUGGUGGCAGCAAUGGGACAUUCUUCAGGGCUGUUCUUUUAGUUCGUAGAGGAAAGUAUGAUGAAGCACGUGAAUAUGUUGAAAGAGCAAGGAAGUGUUUGGCAACUGAGCUUGCUGCUUUGGUUCUUGAGAGCUAUGAACGAGCCUACAGCAAUAUGGUCCGUAUUCAACAGCUGUCUGAGUUAGAAGAGGUCAUCGAUUACUGUACUCUUCCAGUUGGCAACUCUGUUGCUGAGGGGAGAAGAUCACUCAUUCGUAACAUGUGGAAUGAACGCAUUAAAGGCACAAAACGAAAUGUUGAGGUUUGGCAAGCUCUUUUGGUAGUUAGGUCACUUGUAUUGCCUCCUACAGAAGAUAGUGAAACCUGGUUGAAAUUUGCUUCACUUUGCCGAAAAAGCAGUAGGAUUAGUCAAGCCAAAUCCACUUUAAUUAAACUCUUACAGUUUGACCCUGAAACAACUCCUGAAACUGUACGAUACCACGGGCCCCCACAAGUAAUGCUUGCAUACCUAAAAUACCAGUGGUCUCUUGGGGAGGACCAAAAGCGUAAAGAAGCUUUUGCUAGGUUGCAGGAUCUAGCGAUAGAGCUUUCAAGUACAUCUGGUCUUCAAGUAUCGACUACACCAACUGGCUUUGGAGGUGUUCCAAAUGUAUCACUUAUGGCACGUGUAUAUCUGAAACUCGGGGCAUGGCAAUGGGCUCUUUCCCCUGGUCUUGAUGAUGAUUCUAUACAAGAAAUUCUGAGCUCGUUCAGGCAUGCGACUCAUUGUGCCACAAAGUGGGCAAAAGCAUGGCAUACAUGGGCUCUUUUCAAUACAGCAGUGAUGUCUCAUUAUACAGUGAGAGGCCUUCCUAAUUUUGCUGCACAAUUCGUAGUGGCUGCAGUCACUGGCUACUUUCAUUCUAUAGCCUGUGCAGCACAUGCAAAGGGUGUAGAUGAUAGCUUGCAGGACAUCCUUCGUCUUCUCACUUUGUGGUUCAACCAUGGAGCUACUGCUGAGGUUCAAACAGCACUACAAAGAGGAUUUUCACAUGUUAACAUCAACACAUGGUUGGUUGUUUUACCUCAGAUCAUUGCAAGAAUCCACUCAAAUAAUCAUGCUGUGAGAGAGUUGAUACAAUCUCUUCUCGUUCGCAUAGGACAAAGCCAUCCACAGGCUCUUAUGUACCCUCUUCUUGUCGCCUGUAAAUCAAUAAGCAAUCUGCGUAAAGCUGCAGCUCAGGAAGUGGUUGACAAAGUGAGGCAACACAGUGGUCUGUUGGUGGAUCAGGCACAACUUGUAUCAGAGGAGUUGAUUAGGGUUGCAAUUCUUUGGCAUGAAAUGUGGCAUGAGGCACUUGAAGAAGCUAGUCGCUUGUAUUUUGGUGAACAUAAUGUUGAGGGAAUGCUUAAGGUUUUAGAGCCAUUGCAUGAAAUGCUUGAAGAAGGUGCCAUGAGAAACAACACAACCAUAAAAGAGAAAGCUUUUAUUCAGACAUAUCAUCAUGAGCUAUUGGAGGCGUAUGAGUGUUGCAUGGAAUAUAAGAGAACCGGAAAAGACGCUGAGCUUACUCGGGCCUGGGAUCUGUACUAUCAUGUCUUUAGAAGGAUAGAUAAGCAGCUUCAAUCUCUUACAACACUAGACCUGCAGGCAAUUUCUCCAGAAUUAGUAGAGUGUCGCGACUUAGAGCUUGCUGUUCCUGGAACGUAUUGUGCAGAUUCACCAGUGGUGACAAUUGCAUCAUUUGCACCACAGCUUGUUGUGAUUACAUCCAAACAGAGACCCAGAAAACUGACAAUUCAUGGGAGUGAUGGGAAAGAUUAUGCUUUUUUGCUCAAAGGACAUGAAGAUUUACGCCAGGAUGAACGUGUCAUGCAGCUGUUUGGUUUAGUAAAUACUCUGCUGGAGAAUUCGAGAAAGACUGCAGAAAAAGAUCUUUCCAUUCAACGAUAUGAGGUCAUUCCUUUGUCUCCCAACAGUGGGUUAAUUGAGUGGGUCCCUAAUUGUGACACCCUCCACCAACUCAUCCGAGAGUACAGGGAUACCCGAAAGAUCACGUUGAAUCAAGAGCAUAAAUAUAUGCUUAGUUUUGCUCCAGAUUACGAUCACUUGCCACUUGUAGCUAAAGUGGAGGUGUUUGAGUACGCUCUUGAUAAUACUGAAGGAAAUGACUUGGCAAGGGUGCUUUGGUUAAAAAGUCGAACUUCAGAAGUGUGGCUGGACAGGAGGACUAAUUACACUAGAAGCUUGGCUGUCAUGAGUAUGGUUGGUUACCUUCUUGGGUUGGGUGAUCGGCACCCCAGCAAUCUUAUGCUGCAUCGUGGCAGUGGGAAGAUCUUGCAUAUUGAUUUUGGGGAUUGCUUUGAAGCCUCCAUGAAUCGUGAGAAGUUUCCUGAAAAAGUUCCUUUCCGUUUGACUAGAAUGCUUGUAAAAGCUAUGGAAGUUAGUGGACUUGAAGGGAAUUUCCGUUCAACUUGUGAAAAUGUGAUGCAAGUUCUUCGAACCAAUAAAGACAGUGUCAUGGCUAUGAUGGAGGCAUUUGUUCAUGACCCACUUAUAAAUUGGCGUCUUUUCAACUUCAAUGAAGUGACACAAAUGUCAACCCUAGCAAGCAGCACAAAUGCCCAACCUGCUGUAAACGGCGAAGAAGCCGCUCCAAAUCAUAUGCAACAACCACAACGCGGUGUUCGCGAAAGGGAGCUUUUACAGGCUGUGCAUCAACUUGGUGAUGCAAACGAGGUGCUGAACGAGCGUGCAGUGGUGGUUAUGGCGCGUAUGAGUAACAAACUGACGGGGCGUGAUUUUUCAACAGCACCAACCACCACCACCCUCCAGCCUGCACCAGACAGCACUACUUUACUUUCUUCUGGUGAUGCCCGUGAAGUGGAUCAUGGUUUAUCUGUUAAGUUACAAGUUCAAAAGCUCAUUUUACAAGCCACUUCUCAUGAAAAUUUGUGCCAGAAUUACGUCGGGUGGUGUCCGUUCUGGUAAAAAGAAAAGAAAAACUGGGAUGUUGUAGAUAUGGAAGAUGUGCGUGCAUCUGUACAUAACUUUAUUAGGUCUUGUCUUGUCUUGGCUCCUGUAAUUUAUGUAUAGAAGCAUCAUGUAAGGUGAAGUGGGGGGCUUGGCUUAAUCGUAAUUUUAAUCAAUCCCUAUGUAUAUAACGAUAGAUCGAGUUUGGGAUUUUUUAGGGAGGGGUAGUAGUAACCUAAACACCAAUUCAUUUCAGUUAAAUGUUUAUGUUGGUAAUAAUAAUUUCAGAUCUUUGGGACAGU